AUGAGCUACAGACACUCCCUGGAGGAUACUUGUAGAGUGUUUAUUUCGCGUCCGCGACGCUAUAAUCAACCAGCACCCACCCAACAUGCAUUCCAGCAUUCCCCGUCGCCUGGCUUCGCGCCUGUACAUCUCGGAACCCCAGCAUCCUUUUCUUUGUCAGAAUCACCACAAAGUGCCUCGGACUCCACUCCGUCACCCAACACGCUUCCCGACGUCAUUCAACUGCCCAUACCAGGAGUCGCAGACCUCAUUCCAAAGACGAAUCGGACGUCACAUGCCAAACGGCAGCCUGCCGGACACAUCCCUCGUCCCCGCAAUGCGUUCAUUCUCUUCCGCUGUGACUUUGUCCAGCAAAAGAAAAUUCCAGGUCAUGUAGAAAGUGACCACCGAAACCUAUCACGUAUCGCAGGUAAAAUAUGGAGAGGCAUGAAGAAAGAGCAACAGAAACCGUGGAUUGACCUUGCCUUGAAAGAGAAAGAGCGCCACGCUGCGAUGUACCCUGGGUAUAAAUACAUGCCUGCGCAGCAAACUUCAAAGCAAAGGAAGGUCAAGAGUGACCGCAUCGCUAAAGAAGAGAGGGAGCUAGAAUCACGCAGGGCAGAAUUAUCAUCCGUCUUGGUACAGCGCGCACUUGAGAUGAGUGAUAGCUCGAAGCAAACUGCGCAGGCUACCGCUCGUUUCACUCCCUAUCCCGCUCCCUCGCGUCCACGACGCUCGUCCUCGUGCCCCCCUGUUGGCGCGGAACCAGUGAACCCGUCCGCAGAUCUCGAGUCUUGGACUCCGUUCUUGGUUACUCAUGACGAUCUAGCUCGUCGCCCGAGCCGCACUACCAUGUACCACUCCGUCACCUCGGAGCCAAUCGCUUCACCUCUCAUUCCAGCGUGUGACCUUCCAAACUCGCAGCCUGAUGGAGAUACGUGGUUUGGUGCUCCAGUGCCGUAUGCAUGGCCUCUUCCAGACCGAGAGGACGACCCUUUGUUCGAGACGCAGGUUUCUGACGCUACGUCACAGUUUAACUCUCCCUUCGGCGGGCAACAGAACACCGAACUUUAUUCUCAGUAUUCCGAGUUCAUGUAUUCCCCAUUUGAGAACCUUCCCCAGAUACCCCCCGUGAGCAUGGACAGGGGGGGGGCACUUGGGUUGGAAUUUACGAAUCCCUUCGGUUUCGACAAUUUCUCAUUCAAUGGGGAUAACUUCCUGACAUCGUCUUCUGACAUGUCUUUGAUGCUCUCUUCUCUGGAAUGUGCUAUGUCAAGUGACCCGAGCGCUAUGAGGGGUACGGAAUAG